CUUCAGCCUCGUAUACCACCAUCUACAUCUCUUGUCGUUCACUUUCCCAACUCGCUUCAAAGCUCAUCUCUUCACACUCUCUCCCUCGUCUUCCAACCAGAACACCCUCCCCACCAUGCCAAAGGACGCCGCCCCCGAGGUCAUGCCCGAGCUUGGCAUCGACACCCUCUUCAACCUCCGCGGCAAGGUCGCUUUGGUGACGGGAGGGGCUACUGGAAUUGGCAAGAUGAUCGCCGCGACCUACGUGCGCAACGGUGCGAAGGUGUAUAUUGCGUCGCGCAAGCUCGCCGACCUUGAGCGUGUUGCUGCGCAGCUCUCGCAGCUCGGCAAGGACUCCGGUGGCCAGUGCCUCCCCAUCCAGGCCGACGUUGCAAACAAGGCCGGUUGCGACGCCCUCGCUGCGGAAAUCAAGAAGCGCGAGCAACGCGUCGACAUCCUUGUCAACAACUCGGGCCUCACCUGGGGUGCGCCCAUGGCCGACUUCCCCGAGGCCAGCGGAUGGGACAAGGUGUUCGCCCUCAACGUCAAGUCGCAGUUUUACCUCACCGUCGGACUCCUUGACCUCCUCAAGGCCGGUAAGGGCAACCUCAACCCCGCGUCGGUCAUCAACAUUGCCUCGACCGCCGCCAUCUCGCCUCUUGCCGAAGGUUCGCUCUCCGCCAAGGGCCACGGCACCUACUCGUACCAGCCCUCGAAGGCAGCCUCCCUUCACCUCACCCGUGUCCUCGCUGCCUCGCUCGCCAAGGACCACGUUAUUGUUAACGCCAUCUGCCCCGGCGUCUUCCCCUCGCGCAUGACCGCGUUCGGCCUUGAGAACAACCGCGACCUCCUCGAGGGUCACCAGCCCACGGGACGUGUCGGCACCCCCGAGGAUAUCGGCGGCCUUGCGCUCUACUUUGCGUCGCGCGCCGGCGCCCACUGCACCGGCACUGGCGUCGUCAUUGACGGCGGUGCUAGCAUUGCCUUCUCCUCCAAGCUCUAAGAGCUGUCGUCCUAUGAUGUUCAGUGGUAGCAGACCAGCAGUAUGUAAAAGUGCAACACGUCUGAGUCAUGUCAAGA